AAAGCCCUAUAAUCUGUUUGAAAGCAUGAUCCAAGAAGAACACUUCGAGGCCAGUAUGGUUGAACUUACCAAGUUUAAUACAAUUAUUAUUUGUAUCUACAGAACUCCUAAUAGUAAUAUUAAUACAUUUAUUGAAAUCCUGGAUACUAUAAUAAAUAAUAUAAUAAGCAAAAGGAAGAGCAUUAUUAUUGUAGGUGAUUUCAACAUAGAUUUCUUGGGUAGCAAUGUAAAUCCUCAAUUACAGACAAUGUUAAAUUCAUACGGUCUACAAGCAAUAGUUGAUGUCCCAACAAGAAUAGGAUUUAGAAGUCAAACAGCGAUAGAUCAAAUAAUAUUAAAUAAAUACUUAUGGGAUUACAACUUUAAGGUAAUUGCAACAGGAUUCUCUGAUCAUUUUGCGCAAAUAUUACAAGUACAGAUGCAGCAUAUAAAUAAAAGGAGGCAAGCUGCAGUUAAAGAAGAAUUCAGGACAGUUAGACCUUGUACUGAAGAGAAUGUUCAAUACCUAAACUACCUAUUGGAGGAGGAGUCUUGGGAACCUGUUUUUAGGCAAACUUCAGUAAAUGAUGCAUAUAAUGAAUUUUUAGGUACUUUCCAGUAUUAUUAUAACAUAGCUAUGCCUAAAAAGCGGGUAAAAACUAAUCAACUAGGAAAUAAAUGGGUUACCUCAGGUAUAAGGGUAUCAAGCACCAGGCUCAGGUUUCUUAAUAGAUUAAUGAAAGAAAGAAACAUGUCAGAAGAGUUCAAACAAUAUUACUAUCGGUAUAAGAAAAUUUACAACAGAGUAAUUAGCGAGGCCAAGAAAUUAUCUAAUAACAUACGGAUAAAUACAGCAGGAAACAAAUCUAAAGCUAUGUGGGACCUAAUUAAACAGGAGUUAGGCAAACAUAAAAAAGAAACUAGGAAUAUUGAAAUAAAUGUAAAUGGGACAAAUACACAGGAUCCAAAAGUCAUAGCUAAUGUCUUUAAUGACUAUUAUACCAGCAUUGCUCACGAUAUCUUGAAUAGAAAUCCACUACAAAAAAAUAUUGAAGUUAAUGUCAAUGCAAAAAAAUAUAACAGUGGUAGUACGUUUUUAAAUCCAACUACAGAAGUAGAAGUGGCAGGCAUAAUAAAAAAAUUUAAUAACAAAAAAUCAACCGGUGUAGAUGAAAUCUCAGAUUAUAUUAUUAAGAAAUGUUAUCCUAAGAUAACACAUGCUUUGACAUACAUAAUUAACUUGUCAUUCUCAACUGGAUAUUUUCCAGACCAGUUAAAAAUUGCAAAAGUGAAACCAUUGUACCAAAAAGGACUUGAUACAGAAGUUGUGAAUUACAGACCAAUUUCGCUGAUCUGUUUUCUCAAAAAUAAUUGAAAAAAUCAUGCAGACAAGACUCUUUAUCAUUUCUAAAAAGCCAUAGUAUAAUUAGUGAUAAACAGCAUGGCUUCUGUAAAUGGAAAUCAACGAAUACUGUAAUUGCAGAGUUUCUUAAAAGGGUUUAUAAAUCUGUGGACAAGAGGGAAAUAAGUAUAGGGUUAUUCUUGGAUCUGUCAAAAGCAUUUGACUUAGUAGAUCAUGACAUCUUGCUUGGAAAAAUGGCAGAAAUAGGAAUACGAGGGGUUGCACAAAAUUGGUUUCAAUCAUAUUUAGAAAACAGGGAACAAACGGUGGAAACUACCUAUAGACAUAAAGAAACUAAUGAAAUUACUAAUUGUUUAUCACAAAAGAAACCAAUAAGAUAUGGUGUUCCACAAGGUUCUGUUCUCGGACCAAUGUUAUUUUUUAUAUAUAUUAACGACCUAGAAUCUAGCAUAGAGCAU